AUGAGCGCAUUUUCCAUGCUGCCGUGCUCUUCGAUGGAUGACGCUUCGCAUUUGCCGCUCGGCGAGCCGAUCGUGGAUGAGGACAUCUACGUGGAUCCGGAUGAUGUGGAAGAUCCCGAUGAGAAGGGCGAGGACGCCUGGCUCCCCAACGUGGUGGCGGAGUGGUCGAAGCGGGUGAAGCGUGCCAGCGCCCGUCAGGUGAUGCCCAUCGAGGAAGACGGCCACGGGACGCGGCAUGUGGAGUACACCUGCGUGCGCUACAUCUACGACGAUGAGCCGGAGUGCUUCGUGCCCAUGGGCCUCAUCGAGCCCAACCCGCAGGAAGCCCAUAAGGUGCUGAGGCAGGGCGGUCUGUCGAAGGAUGCGGCGAGGGAGAAGCUUGGAUCGCAGAACCUGGCGGCCUGCGGCGAGAACACCAUCCACGUCCAUGUGCCAGGAAGGAAUAUGCCCGGCAGCCCCGGAACUUACCCCCAGGACUUCACCUACAUCUUCAACUCCAUCGGCAGUUGGGCCUACGUCGCCUACUCCACCUGGAACAUCGGCUUCAUUUGGCUCUCUAUGAUGCUGGGUUCCGGGAUCUAUCGGGCCCUCUUCAUCAUCCGCCCCAACCAGCGGAAGAUCGCAGACAUGGCCGCCAUGAAGCAGCAAUGCACCGUGCUGCGAGACGGCGCUUGGAAGGACGUGGAUGUCUCCAAGAUUGUGCUGGGCGAUGUGGUUCGGAUCAUGGACGGCAACGACGCAAAGCUGCCGUGCGACGGCAUCCUGUUGCAGGGCAGCCUGAUCGUGAACGAGUCGAUGCUCACAGGUGAGCCGAUGCCCAUCGCCAAGGCGCCGGUGGAGGACACGGCGAACUACAAGGUCACCGACAAGCUGAACAAGGCCUAUGCUGGCACACUGGCCCUGGAGUCUACGGGGCCGGGGGAUGGCAAGGCAUUGCUCUACUGCACCAACGUGGGUGCCCUGACCACGCGAGGCCAGCUGGUCCGGAUGGUGCUCUUUCCUGCCAGCGUGAAGUUCAAGUACAACGACCAGCUGCCGAUCGUCUACGGCAUCAUGAGCAUCUAUGUGGCUGUCAUUGUCCUGGUGCUGGUCUUCUGCACGGACAUCGGCUCCGCGGUGGCCACCUUCCUCACGGUCCUGUGCACUGUGGCCAUGGCUCUGAACCCCAUGCUGCCCGUGUCCAUGGUCAUGGGCCAGUCCGUGUCUGCGGGGCGCCUGGACGACCCCAAGGGCAAGUACAAGAUCAAGUGCCUCCAGCCCGGCAGGACGAUUCCGAUCGCCGGGAAGAUUUCGACGAUGGUCUUCGACAAGACAGGGACCAUCACCAAGGGGGGCAUGGACUUUGCCGGGGUCUACGGCGUGGAGAACGCCCGCUUCUUCUCGGAGGUGCACUUUGACGCCAAUGAACCGGAGUGUGCGGCGAACAGGGAGCUCAUUAAGGACACGUCAAGAGUGCCGCCAGGGCUGCGCCGCGCCCUGGCCACCUGCCACACGGUGAAGCAGCUGGCCAGCACUGGGGAGCUGGUCGGGAACCAGGUGGAGUGCGCGAUGGUGCGCACCGUCGGCUGGAAGCUGGGUAACAAGGAGGGAUGA